CUUUACCAGACGGCCCAUUGCAAAAGCCGAUCCAAGCAAAGCAGUCCAUGCCAGGGAAGUCUUUGCACCAUAGGGAAUUGAUAUGGCUGCUACGAUACGAUAUGCAAACCAGCACCAAGCAAGCGAGUAGUAGCAUUGCUUUGACAACGAAGAAAGAACCAUCGCAUCUUUCUUCGAUUGGUUUGGUGUUUUCCACACCAGACGAUUGGCUGGCAAGGCCAUCCAACCAUUGUAGCUAGUACAUAGAUAGAGAGACGAGAGAGCAGCGGGUCUAGAGGCUUUCCGAGUUACGCGACAAUGAGGGCGUCGCUCCUGAUGGCGACUGUCCUAGUCCUGUUGUGCUUGGAUGUUGCACAAGCUGGCAUGGGCCUCAGAGGGAGCGGCGCCUCCAAGGGAGACGAGGAUGGAGGAACCACCUCUGCCAUUACUAGUAGUAGUGAUGGCAGCGGAGUAGACGAAGAUCGUAGCGGAGAGACGACAAACAAUCUUCGUCCACAAUCCAAAGAACAGCCGGCAACCAUCACCGACACGGCCAAGAAGAAGACGCAGGAUAAUAAGAAGUUUCGGCUGCCCGGCCAACAAACACGCCGUGAAAAAUGGUGUGCUCCCCAUGAAACGGAAGCAUGUGGUCAGAGCAUGGGCCACUUGCUCUGUGAAUACAACCCAGAAAAGCAAGUAUACGCAACUCGAUGUGUGCGUCAACCAAAAACAUCCCUCCACCUCCAACUCCAUCCUCGCAACUACUGCGGCGCUUGUCGACGGUGCUUUCAAGACACGGACGAGCUACGGCAUGCCGUCGCCGAGUAUGUGGCCAACAACACCGAACACACCGAUGUAGCGCACAACUAUGGUUGGCCCAUCAACAAGUGGUGUGUCAGUCGGAUUACAGACUUUUCCAAUCUCUUUGCUCAUCAGCGCAAGUUUAAGGAACCCAUAGGUAAUUGGGAUGUCAGUGCAGCUCGUAACAUGUCUGGAAUGUUCCUGAGCGCCUUUGCAUUCAAUCAAGACGUGAGUCAAUGGAACGUUGACAAGGUAGUGGAUAUGAGUCGAAUGUUUGACAGUGCCUAUGCGUUCAACCAGCCACUUGAAAGCUGGAACACCGAGAGAGUAACCACAAUGAGUCGCAUGUUCCGAGUCGCCAAGAACUUUGAUCAAAGCUUGAGUAAGUGGAAUACCAGUCAAGUCAAGGAUAUGUCCAACAUGUUCUAUAGAGGACACUCCUUUCAACAGGCUGUCGCCUGGGAUCUUUCACGGGUACAAGAUAUAAGUUUCAUGUUUGCAUACACCAGAAACUUCGAUCACAACAGUGUUGUCAGGUGGGAUGUGUCACGGGUACACACAAUGCGUGGAAUCUUUCAGAAUACGAAUGCAUUUAAUCAAGACGUCAGUUCUUGGGAUGUCAGCAAUGUCCGAGAUAUGAGUUUUGCCUUUUACCGAGCCCUGAGCUUUCAAGAAGACGAAAGGAAGCAACGGGCGAUCUUAACCAAGUGGGACUUGUCCAAGGUUCUUGACAAGCAGAACAUGUUUGCCUUUUUGGCUCAAGGAGCGAUGAAUGCCACAGGCGUAUCACAAGCCGAGGGCGUGAUGCUCUCACAUCCAUCCUAUGAUGGCUCCCGAAUGGCGCAUGGGAUGGCGGUAGAGAACCAUGACAAGGCUUCGCCGUCGUCAUCCUCGGCAUCAUCAUCAUCAAGUACACAAGGAACAUCGGUCUAGUUGUUUAGAGCGGUUGUGGUACAACAAGAGAGCCAUGGAGUAUGAUGCAAAGUGUGUCACUUCAUGCGCCCUGUCCUACAAUUCGAUCCUCCUAGAGCGAGUUUUAUCAAGCAAACAUUCAUCGUCAAAGUAGUAAACACAAUAUAUCAUUC